AAUAUUUGGGAAGUAAAAUUUAAAGCUCGAGGCUCUAUGAGAAAUAUGGUCGGUUCUUUAAUAAAUUACCGGGAAGGUGCGCACGCAUCUACGUCAGGCAGGGUGGAUGGAUGAAAAUAUGACUAUUCUUUGGUGAGCUGUUGAGUUGAUCUUAUCUUUCUCGAAGUCAGUGAAUAGUGAGUGUAAAAAUGGUGUCCGGUGGAAUGGCCUGCAUCAAAUACCUGACGUUCCUUUUCAAUCUGAUAUUCGCCAUUACAGGAAUUGUAUUCAUUGCAGUUGGCACUGUGAUCUUGGUGGUUUAUAGUGGCUACAAUAAUUUUAUGGACAGUUGGUUCUUCACAGGACCAGUAUUGAUGAUUGUAGUUGGUGUUAUUGUCUUUAUUGUGUCAUUCUUUGGUUGUUGUGGAGCUGUCAAAGAGAAUCAUUGCAUGAUAUUAACGUUUUCUGUGUUACUGCUUUUAAUCUUUGCACUUGAACUCGGUGCUGGAAUUGCUGGAUAUAUGAUGAGUGGAGAAGUGCGUACAAUGGUAGAACAUCGAUUAAAUACCACUAUGGAAGAAUACUCAACCAAUAAUGAUAUUCGUAAAUCUUGGGAUAUUAUGCAACAUGAUUUGGAAUGUUGCGGAAUGGUUGGCCCUAAUGAUUGGGCUCAUGUUGGAUUCCCGGAAAAUACUGUACCAAAUUCGUGUUGUAAAGAAGUACCAGAAGGAAGUAAAUGUGACUUAAAUUCGAUUCAUAUACAUCUAAAUGGUUGUAUGGGCAAUCUUCAGUCUGCUACUGAGCAUAAUGCUUUGAUCUUGGGUGGUGUUGGCAUUGGUAUUGCUAUUAUUCAGUUAAUUGGAGUCGUCUUUGCAUGUUGUCUGGCACGUUCAAUUCGUCGCGAGUACGAGACUGUCGAGACUGCAGCGCACUGAUUCAACACCCGAUAGGAGGCAUUAUAACUAAAUAUUGUUCGUCGUGCAUUCAUUAAGAGAAUAAUUCUAGAGUCGUCGCAAGACCAUUUAUUUAGAACUUGGCUGUAGAUUAAUCAAUAUUUAUCUGCAGUCUAGCUUAAGAAGAAAACAAAUUAUUGGAGAAUAUAAUUCAAUAUACUGCCAUUAUCUGCCAAAUGAUUGAGACCAAUUGUCUCUUUCUUAGACUGCACUGUAUGAGGAAUUAAAGCUUAUGGCAUGGGAAUGUUUAAAAAAGAGAUAGAAAGGUCAUAACAUAUUUGGCUUGACGUUUAUUGCAAUUUAAAAGACUCUUUCAGAACUUGAUUUCUUGGAAAGAAAAAUUGUCUUUCAAAUUUUAACUCUGUGUAACAUGUUAAAUUCAUUCUAACUAUUGUAUUUAUAUAAAAUAUAUUUUUUCUAUACACAUAGGGUUGGGUAAAUGUUCUAUUUCUAAAUAUUAUAGCUUGAUAAGGAAAGUUGAUUUAAUAAAAUAAGUCAAUAAGUAAAUUUGAAUGAAUGAAAUUUUGUAUUUUAUUUUUUAUGAUGAUCUCUAGCAAUACUCUAUGCUAAAUAUUAAUAAUAAUACAAAUUAAAGACAUUAAAUGCAUUGAUGUAAUGUAGCAUUAAAAGAUAAUUACAUUUUUAGAAAAUGAUUGGAUGGUAAGCUACAUAACAUAAUGUGGUAGUAUGUAAGAGAAGAUUAAAUGAAUCACGUUAUACAAGCACUAAAGCGAACUGAUUAUAAUUGUUAAUUAUUAUCUGAUUACAAUUUCAUGAUUUUAGUUUUGGAACAAUGAAAAUAGCUUUUACCCAACUCCAAUAUCUAACAUGUUAACAUGAAAAUCAUGCAUUACAAUUUACUUUUCUUCGUAAUCUCUUCGAAGAAAAGAAAUUUAUCACGAAGUACGUUAAAUAUUUUUUUAGAAUAAUUUAACAAAAACUAAUUUUAAUAACUAUACUCUUUCAUAUGGUGUAAUAAUUCGCAUAAUUUCAGUAUUAAUCAAAGAAUAAUAAUUGUCACCUUCCACAAAAAUAAAAAUUUCAAAAAUGAUAUUAUACAAUAAAUUAAAUGAAGAUUGAGUAUAUUAAUUAAUUUUAUCUUCAAAAUGAAAGAAAAUGAUCGUUGCACUAUAUUAUGAUUUCGUAACGAAUUAUACGUUGGGACCAAAGUUUUAAUUUCUGCAGUGAGAGAAUUAAAGAAAUUGAACGUAUAACCACCUGACACGAACAAUAAAGUUUGCGACGACUGGUGUCUUUUACUGUUGACUAUUGGAACAGCUUCCGAAACAUUACAAAAUUUACAAAAUAAAAUUGCAAAUUUAUGGCAUUGCGUCGAUUUAACGAACUCUAUUAUAAUUAUUGCAAUUGUUAUAACUGUUGUUUUCGUUUGAAAUCUCGCAUAUUUUAACGACAAAAAAAAGUAAAGUUUGAAUGUUAAAAAAUAAUUAAUUGCUUGACUAAAUCGAAAAUAAUUUUAUCAAAAUAUUAAUGUUAAAACCAUUCAGUAACAGAUUACAUAUUUUGAUGAUUCUUUUUAAACAGUAUAUCGCUAGUUUUAUAAUUAUUAUAGGUAAUUCAUAAAAAAGAUCUUUUAUGUUGUUUAUUUAUAAAUUGUUUAUUUUGUUUAAUUGUUUAAGUGGUUCAGUGUAAUGAUAUAUUUUUCAAAUUAUGAAAAGGAAGGAAUCAUUCAAUUAAUUUUGUAAUUUGUUAAAAGAAAAUUUAAAAUUUGUAAAAUUUCCCCUUUGCUUACAUCAAUUAUAAUUGUUUACUAAAGUAAUCGUGACUAGAGAAAGUAUAUUCAAAAAAAUAAGCGAGGUUUCAAUGAGUUUCGUUUUAAAUAAUGAAAAAUCACAAGCGGAGAAAAAUAUUUCUCGAUAGAUAAUAACGAAGCAUUAAAGUGUGCCUAAUUUCUUGCAACGUGUCUAAAUCAUUAAUUAAUAUAUUAGAAAUGAUCGAAGUAAUUAAUUUGAACGACAUAUUACCAAUCGUUUAAAUUAAAAGUAAGCAACUAAAAGAUUUGCUUUUUUAAGCUAAAUAAUUCAAUAUGAGGCAAAUCUUUCCCAUUAUUUAUCUUUGUGUUUUAAUUAUAGGAAUUUAUUUAAUAAUAGUUCUUGUUUUAGAUUAUCUCCAAUUAAGUUAAAUUUGUAUUCUAAAUUUCAUUUGCAAUAUUUUUACUAUAUGAUAAUUUGUUUAUUUUAAACAUAUUUCAUUUUUGCAGUUUCUACUUUUUAAAUUUCCACCUUUCACAUUUAUAUAAUAUUAAGUUGUAUAAAUGUGUAGAUGUUAAAAUGUUUCUGUUACAUUAAUUUCGAUACAUCUAUAUUCGUUUAAUUUUAAACUCUAUUAGAGUUUACACGAUAAUGAUAUGUUAGAUGUUACAACAUUAAGAUCUUUUUAUUCGAUAAGGAACGUUCUCAUUUAAUGGUAAUAUUUGAUCUAUAUCAAUUUAUGUAUAAUUUCUUUGAAAAAUUGUAAUUCAUACUCUAUGUAAUGGAAACGAAAAUUAGCAUUCGAAUGUUACCUUGGAUGAUUGGCUGACAAAAAUGAAAGACUGAUAAUAAUGUAAUAAAGACAAAAAACGAAGUCAGUAUUAAAUGAGAAGUAAAUAGUUGUUUUUUGUAGCAUUUAGUCGCUUACAAUAUUUUUCUACUUGUAAUUUAAUUCAUUAAUUAAUAAUUAAUAUAUUAUUAACGUUCUUUAAGAGCUGACCACUUUAGCACACCUUGUUCGUAUAGCUUUUAUCUAUACAAAUAAAAUAUAUUAAGUAAAGA